AUGUCUCAACUUUCGAACUCUACUCACACAAGCAACUCACAAGGCGAAUCGCUGCCAGGACAACCUGUCGAACAGACUCGCAACUAUAGUAACGCGUCCGAAGACCAAGGUUUAGCUGGAGACGAAGACGUUGAUGGUCAACUGACGUUGCGCGCCUUGGUCUCCACCAAGGAAGCUGGUGUUAUUAUUGGCAAAGGUGGUAAAAAUGUCGCUGAGCUCAGAGACGCCACUGAAGUCAAGGCCGGUGUAUCCAAAGUGGUGCAAGCAGUCCAUGACCGAGUGUUGACUGUCACUGGCUCUUUGGAAGGCGUUGCCAAGGCCUACUCGUUCAUUGCGCAAACAUUGCUCGACAAUCCGGUGGGUAACACGACGCCACCAACAUCACCGGGAGCAGGCACGACGACGACGAGCGGAGGACGCGAAGACAGUGUAACGCUGCGCUUAUUGAUUUCGCACAACUUGAUGGGCACGGUGAUCGGGCGCCAGGGUGCCAAAAUCAAGCACAUUCAGGACACGUCGGGCGUGCGCAUGACCGCCUCCAAGUCGCUCUUGCCACAGAGCACCGAGCGUGUCGUCGAAGUGCGCGGCACAGUAUCUGCCCUGCAGCUCGCUGUCCAGGAAAUCGGCCAGUGUCUGCUAGAGGAUAAGGAGCGCGCUUAUGGUACGAUCCUCUACAAUCCUUCCAAGGUCAACGUAUCAACGACGACCGGUAACCCAGCAGCAUCAGCAACAGCAACGUCUUCUUCUGCAUCAGCGCCUAGCCAUCAUCGUCGCAGCUCAUCCAUCACCCGAACCGGAAACGGCUCGGAUUUCGCUACCUCCUCGGGAUCACCCAACGCGCAGGCUCGCCGCACCUCGCAGUCCUUCUUGAACAACCCCAACAUCCGCACGCAAAACAUCUCGAUCCCAAGCGACAUGGUGGGAUGUAUCAUUGGCAAGGGCGGGGCUAAGAUUUCGGAAAUUCGCCGGCUGUCUGGCUCCCGGAUCUCGAUUGCCAAGAUGCCUCACGACGAGUCUGGAGAGCGUCUGUUUUCAAUCGAAGGGACGCAAGAGUCCAAUGAACGCGCCUUGUACCUCUUGUAUGGGCAGCUGGAGAACGAGAAGGAGCGCCGCUUGCGAGGUGUCAUGAAUCAGGACGACGACCUUUUGGUUGAGGAAGAGUAA